AUGUCGUGCUACGACGAGGAAGCUCCAGCUCCAGCUCUCAUACAACAACCACAACAACAACAACACUACCUGGAUUGUAAUAUACUUACAUAUCCAUAUACGCCACCAUAUUCAUGCCGCAAUAACCCAUAUACGGGCCGUGCUAUCUCAGAAACGGCGACAGCGCAACCAAAUCAAAUCAUGCCUUCCUCCCAAACACCCCUCCUCGCCCGCCAUGAUACAUCGUCCCUACGCUCCUCCAACUCCUCAACAUCCCUCUCCUCCCUAGCACAAAAUCACAAAUCCUCAUCCAAGCAGCGCGAAAUACAACGCUAUGUCGCCUUCUCCUCCGCAAUCAUCUCCUGCUUGUGUGCGGGUUCCAUAACGACCUACUCGCUCUACGGGCACCUCUUCCAAGAGCGACUACGGUACACACAAGUACAAGUCAACAUCGUGAUCAUUGCCGCAGAAAUGGCACUUUAUCUGCCGGUCUCCUUACUGGGGUAUUUGUGUGAUCGUAUAGGCCCAGCGCCGUUAUCGCUCAUGUCAUCAGUCUUAUUUGGAAUUGGGUAUCUGCUUGCUGCGUUUACAUAUAGAAGUGGGGCGAAGGAUGUGAUGGGCUAUACACAGGAGAGGGGCUGGCCGUUAUGGGUGAUGGUCGUUGCAUUUGUUAUUAUUGGGCUAGGAACAACCUGUAUGUAUCUCAGCGCCGUCACCACAUGCGCGAAGAAUUUCGGGAAGGGGAAGUAUAGAGGCCUGGCGCUGGCUUGUCCGAUUGCGGCGUUUGGGCUAAGUGGUGUAUGGCAGAGCCAGCUUGGGAGUCGGGUAUUAUAUGAACGUAGAUUAGAUGGGAAGAGAGGCGAUGUGGAUGUUUUCAAGUACUUCGUGUUUCUGGCAGUAGCGCUGGUGGCAGUGGGGUUGCUGGGAACAUUUUUGCUGAAGAUUGUGGAUGAGGAUGAGCUUAUUGAUGAGGCUGUCGAUGAGUUGGAGAGGAGUGGCCUUUUGGAGGAUAGUGAGUUCUUUCGAAGAACAGCGGAAAGGAAUUAUGGCUCUAUUGAAGAUUCUUGUGAUGACGAUGCUACGGAAGCUCGGAGGAUAUUGGACGCGAAAGCUAUCGAAGAUGAAGAGGCAAGGAAGAAGACAUGGUUGCUUAAUGAAGAGACCCGCAUGUUCCUAAAAGAUCGCACGAUGUGGUAUUUUGCGGCGGGUUUCUUCUUCGUUUCUGGUCCCGGCGAAACAUUCCUCACAAACUUGGGCACCAUAAUCGGUACCCUGUAUCCACCACCAUCUGGUACUACAGCCAUACCAACGUCGGCAGCUACACAUGUAUCCAUAGUCGCCAUAACAUCCACCGUAGCACGAAUCAUAUUCGGCACCUUAACCGACGUCUUCGCCCCAGCCUCAGUUGGCCAACACUACGGCUCCAUAAGCAACUCGCUCUCCUCCUUGCCAACAACCCCUCGGCGCUUCACAAUCUCACGAGUGGCCUUCCUAGUCCUAACAGGACUCCUCCUUUCCCUCGGCCAAGUAGUCCUAGCGUCAGGUGCUGUCCAAAACCACGCUGAGCGAUUCUGGCUCGUCUCCUCCCUAAUUGGCAUCGGCUACGGCGCUAUUUUUAGCCUAACACCUCUCAUCAUAACUGUCGUCUGGGGCGUGGAGAAUUUUGGCACCAAUUGGGGCAUUGUGGCUAUGUUUCCCGCUUUUGGGGCUACGGUUUGGGGACUCGUGUACUCGCAUGUGUAUCAGUGGGCUGCGAAGCACAGGCCAUAUAGUGAGGAGAGGGAGGAGGAUAUCCUCUGUUAUGGGAAGUCGUGCUACGCGGGGAGCUUUUGGGCUAUGGCUGUUUCGGUUUGGAUUGGUUGUGCACUUUGGGUUUGGGCGUGGAAAGGGAGGGGUGGGUGGAGUAAGAGAGGGAUUGCUGUUUAA